AUGGGAAUUGGAGAUGGAUACGAAAAUGGGGUUGGAUUUCGAAAUGAGGAUAGUGUUCGAGGUCUCGCUAAUGGCCAAUACUUUCAACGGCCUAAGUUGAAAUUGCAGAAUAGCCAGCUCCGAGAUGAAGAGUUCCAGAAUCAAAUAAAUUUGGCUAGACAGGAAUCAAAGCAAUUGUAUGUUCAAAUAGACAAGAUUAAGGGAAAGAUAAAAGAUGCAACUUUGCCCGAUAUGACCAAGUCUAUUCCACCACUGUCAAAAGACAAGAUUAAUUUAAAGCCCACUCUAGCAUUGAAAGGCCACAACAACAAGAUCUCUGAUGUAAGAUGGAGUCGAGACUCAAAGAAAAUACUGAGUGCAAGUCAGGAUGGAUUCAUGCUACUAUGGGAUGCCAGUUCGGGAUUCAAAGAAAAUGCUGUUCCACUGGACUCACAAUGGGUACUCUCGUGUGAUAUAUCUCCGUCUGGAAGCCUGGUAGCAAGUGCUGGAUUAAGCAAUAACUGUACUGUAUAUCGGGUCUCGAAGGAAAACAGAGUUCAGCAAAGCGUUAUGUCAAUAUUCAAAGGCCAUACCGGUUAUGUCUCUGAUUUGGCAUUUACGGAUAAUUCACAUAUACUAACCGCCAGUGGCGAUAUGACUUGUGCAUUUUGGGAUAUAUCCAAGGCUAAGAGAAUAAGAGAAUAUGCUGAACAUCUGGGCGAUGUGUUGGCACUAUCACCGUCGCCAUCAUCUGCGGAGAACGGAACCAAUACAUUUGCCAGUUGUGGUUCAGAUGGUUACAUAUAUUUGUGGGAUGUCAGAACUGGCAGUGUGGCACAAACGUUCUUUGUGAGCGAUAGUGACAUCAAUGCUGUUCAAUUCUUUAAAGACGGGAAUGCCUUGGCUUCAGGGAGUGACGAUGGUAUUAUUCGUCUUUUUGACUUGCGAUCGGACUGUCAAAUUGGCACUUACUCCUUGGCAGAUUCUUUGGACUCAAAAAGACGACAUUUCCAGUCAGCUUAUGCAAGACCAGGUAAUGAGGGCGGUUCAAAUCACACUCGCGUAAAUUCAGACUCAAGUGGGGGUUACGUCGAUAACCAAGGUUUGGUAUCAAUCGAUUUCAGCAGCUCCGGUAGGCUCCUUUAUUCCUGUUAUACGGACUUUGGAUGCGUAGUUUGGGAUAUUUUGAAGUCAGAGAUAGUUGGUAAGUUGGAAGGCCACAGUAACCGGGUUUCAAGGGUUAGAACAAGUCCCGAUGGGUUCGCAGUAUGCACUGGCUCUUGGGACUCUACUAUGAAAGUAUGGUCUUCAAGCUACUCUUGA